UUGCCAUUAAACAAUAAAAAAAAUCUCAUUGGUCCAUCGGUAGUCGGAAUUAAUGCCGGCCACUUCACCGUAUUUCUUACUGUUUUUAGCCUAACUUCAACCCAGACAAACACCCUCUAACUAAUCUCUCCGCCGUUGACCUGCCGUACCGCCGCCGUUGUCUUGAAUUUUCUCCGGUGGAAUCUCAGGAUUCGAAGUAUUUUGUUGGAUUGAAGUUGACUAUUAGUGGAUGGAUAAUGCAUUGAGAUUAGUUAUGCUGCUGGUGCUUCUUGCCAAAGUUUAUCCAUCCUCGAACGCACAUGACUUUGAACAUUGCGCGACUACCGUCAAGCAAUGGGCGUCUUCUUCUCUUCACUCCGAUAGCAAGGAUGGACACAUUCUAAAGGAUUUGUUGUUUUUCCUUCACGUACCAAGAACAGGAGGCCGAACGUAUUUCUAUUGCUUUUUGAAGAAACUCUACUCUAGCUCUCUAGAAUGCCCGCGUUCUUAUGAUAAAUUACAUUUUGAUCCUCGUAAACGGAAUUGUAGGUUAUUGGCUACACAUGAUGACUAUAGUAUAAUGUCCAAACUACCCAGAGAGAAAACGUCGGUGGUGACGUUGCUUAGGAGCCCCAUUGAGCGUGUUUUUAGCGCUUACGAGUUUUCACUAGAAGUAGCCGCUAGGUUCUUAGUGCAUCCUAACAUGACAUCAGCGGCAAAAACAUCCGCACGUUUGCGUUUAAAAAAAGGUGUUAUAAGCACACUCGAGAUUUGGCCAUGGAAGUACUUAGUUCCUUGGAUGAUGGAGGAUUUAUUUUCUCGGAGAGAUGCUAGAAAAAUAAAAGGUCCGCCUUAUACUUACGGGAACGACUCAUAUAAUAUGAAGGAAAUCGUUAUGCCAUUACAUGAAUUUAUUAAUCACCCUGUAGCCCUCGACAUCAUUCACAACGGUGCCACUUUCCAGGUUGCAGGUUUGACUAACAAUUCUAAUAAAUGGGACGCGCAUGACGUGCGCCACUGCGUAAUGACACAUCAGACUCUUGGAAAAUAUGUGCUUGAAGUUGCAAAGAAAAGGUUGGAUGACAUGUUAUAUAUUGGACUUACCGAAGAACACAAAGAAUCUGCUGCAAUGUUUGCAAACUUAGUUGGUUCACAAGUCAUUUCACAGUUAAGUGCAUCGAAUCCGGUCACUGAAGCAGGUAACAACACUUUAACUGCUGAAGCACAAAGUGAAAAUAUGACUGUCGAAAAACUCAUGGAAACGUAUGGAACUUGUGUUUCUAAGUUACGAUCAUCUCAGUCAAAACGACGUAUUAACUCUUUCAAGAGAAUAUCUCCGGCAAACUUUACAAAAGAGGCACGACUUCAUGUUUCUGAAGCGAUUCUAAAGAAAAUCACUUCGUUGAACGCUCUAGAUGUUGAACUGUAUAAACAUGCUCAGAAAAUUUUUGCAAGACAGUAUCAAGUUAUGGAGCUAAAGUUGCUUGAUUCUGACAGGCCUGGGAGGUGGCAGAGUAAAAGCUACAUUAGUUUUACAUGGGAAAUCCUUUACUUGAUCUUGUUCAUAUCUUUACUCUUCUUCAUUUACCUUUAUGUAAAUGCAAAAAGAAGAAUGUCAAAACUUAAAAUAUAAUUAUUAUGAUCAAAUCUUAAGUUAUAGUGAUACAGAGCUAGGAGUUCUUAGAAGUUAGGAAACAGAUGUAUCAAGAGAUCCUUGACGCUAACGUCGAUUGAGCUGACCUGGACUUUUGUUAAAAGAAUAUGUUCUUGCUUAUAAAACCAUGUUUCAUUAUCAUA